CGUGUGUGUAAAAGCCGCUUGCUGUGUAAGACGCAACCAGAGACGAGAAGCGCGCGCGCAAGGCGAGAACAGCUUGAUCCAACUAAAGGACGGAGACUCAGCUGUAACAGACCAACUUUCAAGAAGCCACUGUGCAGCUGACUGAUUUGCACCAGAACAAGAAGAUUCUAAUAUUUGUAGAGAGAAUUACGCACGGAGCGUCAUUCCGGAGUGAAGCAACUUUUACGCACGGACCUUUGGAGAUGCAACGUUUCAUUUAUAAGGAGAAAACUGAACUAUUAUCAAUCAUCGGGGAAUUGCGAAGUGAUCAGUUUUGACGCCUUUGGUCUGGAAAUUUGUUUUUUCAAACACCUUGACUUGGUGGAUACUUAUUGACAUACUUGGAUUGGUUUAUUUUUAAGAGCGUGUUGAACUGCAUUCCAAGAUUUUAGGAAUAUUUGAUGAAGGAACUGUAUCUUAUGUGCCCCACUGCGCACUGACGUGAUCCCUCUGACAGUUACCCUUGAUAUCUCCUUGACUGAGUGAUUUUUUUUAAUUUAAUUUUUAUUGUAAUAACAACAUUAUGGAUUGUCAGACGUCAAAGCAGCGGUAUGGAUAGAGUCAGACGUCUAGCCUCCGUGUGAGUCACCGUGAGCAAACAUUUGGAUAAGCGGCGCUUAUUCGCCGUGACACGUUUGGGGAUAUUUAACAGUGCGUGCUUUGCGCAGGCGGUCAGCACACGACACACUGGGACGAGAGUCGGUGAAGCCGCGGGAUUGGACCCCGCUGUGCUAAAUGCCCAGCCGGUCGCUUGCGGCUCCUCAGGCUGGGCGGCAACAUGAGGUCUUGGGUCCUGCUGCUGCUGCUGGCUGCGAUUUUAACGACCCUGUCGCAGCUCGGGAGCGCUGAGGGUGAUCCACUCCCUCCAUCCCUUGUUGACCUGGUGAGAAAUUCUCCCAUCUCCUCUGUAGACGACCUGAAGCUGCUGUUGCAGCAGGAGACGAGUGAAAUAGAGGAUGAAGAGGACGAGCAUGAUACUCUUCCAGACCCCACACAUGCUCGAUUCGUUCGCAGCCUCUCUGAGGCACAGCCAGCACAGCAAGCAGUCUGCAAAGUCCGAACAGAGGUGAUGGAGAUAACAAGGUCAAUGCUGGACCGCCGCAACACCAAUUUCAUGCUGUGGCCCCCGUGUGUAGAGGUGCAGAGAUGUUCGGGUUGCUGCAACACUAGGCAGCUGCAGUGCGUUCCUGUUGUUACCUCCAGCAGAUACCUGCAGGUAAUAAAGAUCCAAUACAUAAACCGAAAGGCCCACUAUGAAAAAGCCAUCAUCUCAGUGGAGGAUCAUGUCAGCUGUAGGUGUCAGACUGCCUCUUCAGACAUCUCUCGCUUCACCGUUCAGAGCAACCCCAGUCCUCUGGCACCUCCACUACAACAACCGCCGCCAUCCUUCCACCAUCCGCUCUCUCCUCCCCGGUCAGCUCACCCUCCAUCAUCUAAGACUCACACCUCCAAGGCUGACCUCCAUCGCCAUGAUGACCUAAAGCACAACCAGCAACAUUACAACUCUGAGGAGCGUGAUCCAGUAGCGAGGCAAUGGCAUCAAGGAAGUUACACUCAGCUGGUGCGCUGGUCGCAACCCAGAGUGCAUCAUGCCACAAUGCACGCGCUGCCGGGAGUGCACCAAACCACAACUAGUAUGAACAAAAGCUGGCCAUCUGAAGCAAUGGGAGAGCAUAGAAUCAUGGGAAGCCCCCCACAGCCAGGACAUGGUAGUGGCUAUGAUGGGAGCAAGGAGGAGGGUGGCCAGCCUGAAUUCAACAGUGAUGUGCAUUAUCCUGACCAUGCAUCGAGGCGGCUGCAGCUGUUGCAGCAUCAGCAGAGACAGCAGUAUCAGGAUCAUCAAUCCCAGUAUCCACAAGAUCACAGCUAUCUAGGAGCACAAUACCAAGAGUUAACAACACAAAUCAGACUCAGUUCUUUGCAGUCAGACAGCGCUUCACCUUUCAGCCCAACCCAGGCACCCAGUUUUGGAUGGAAAUCCUCACAUCCUCCAACUACUCAUCAAAAAGAUUCAGUGACCAUCCAAAAAACUGCACAGGUCACACAUUACAAACAGACUGAGACUGAAGGAAUCAUUCAGAAAGAAGGAAGGGCGGAAAGUGGGUCAACUAAUAGUGGAGAUUCAGUCGGGGCAGAGUUGACCAAUCAUGGGAAAGAGAAAGACUCUAAAAUGAGCAUUGAGGAAGGUCGUUUAACAGAAGAAGAGAGGAGACAAAAACUUCUGGAAAUAGUACAGAAGGAGCCAGAUAAACCUUCUCUUCUCCAUCUACCACAUUUUCAACAAAGACCAAAGCCAACCACAUUGAAAACAGCAUUACCAACUGCAGCUCCCAUGUUGGCAUCAGCUCGUCCGGCGCCAUUUCGACCUGCUUCACCUCGUCGCAGAAGAAAACACCGCAAACGCAUCAGCAAGGCCGCUAUGAGAGCUAUGAUCAUGUAGAAAAGGAAGCCAUUAACCUAACUGAAUGAUCCAUCCAUCCGAAAGGAUGUGGAAACACAACGGUCUGUUUCCUAAAGGCCGGAAGUUUGUAGCCUUUGGAUUGAUUGAAAGUGGUGGACAGGUCCUCCUAUUUCUUUGGACAACUUCACAGGACAUCUGCUCUCACCUCCUGAGGCAUAACUAAGCGUCCUGCUUUCUGGAUUGAAUAGGUUCAGUGUUAUGAACUCCUGGGAAUAGUACACACUGGAACGUGUUUGCCAUAUUUGUUUGAAUUACAAAUGCCAUAAAGGAGGAUGUUUGGAAGUGCCCCUGAAGAAAAAAGCUAGACAUAUAGUAGCCAUUGACUGGCUACAUUUUCUGUGUUGUAGCAAAGUGACUGAAUUUUUGAUUAAAGGCUAGAAACAGGACAAUGAGGACACUGGACUGAACCAACAUCUACAAACUGGAGACUGAAACUCACGCCUCAACGCCAAACUUUACUGUACUGUUCUUUUACCGCGUCUCAAUCUAACAUUAUCUUACACUGGAGUAGGCAAACACUGAUCAAAAUACACUGAAUUUAGAGAAGACUUCUGCUGUGUACUGUAGCUAGUUAUACUGGGAAAUAUCAAUAAACUUUUCAUUCUUAGAAACUGCUGCCACAUCCAAAUGAAAUAAUAUAACAAAAAAUAAAUAAAAAUGCCUGCUUUGAUAGCAUACUAGGAAUAUCAGCAAGUCUUAAAGGCCUGACUUUUAGAAAAGGCUUUUAUGUAAAAAUGCUUUUAGAGAAUCAUUUCCAAGGGAAAAAUAAAAUGUUAUUUCUUAACUUAUUAAAAAGAAGAUAUAAAUUCCUCCGGUUCUCAAUUGUAAUUAUUGUUUCUCUUGCCAGGUUACAAUUGUUGGUUGUAAAACUGUUAUUGUAUGGAAUGUUUUUUUUAUUAAAAAAAGAAAUGU